GACAGUGAGGGUCACUGUGAUUCUGGGAGCCCACGACAUAACCUGCCCAGAGUGGAGCCAGCAGAAGAUCCGUGUUGGACAAUGGGUCAUCCAUCCCGAAUAUUCCCCUGAUGACUUCAAAAAUGACAUUGUGCUGCUGAAGCUGAAGCCAAGGGCCAGGAUCAACCAGAAUGUGCAAUUUAUCUCCAUUCCCAGGAGAAAUGAACAUGUGAGACCAGGAACUUUAUGCAGGGUGUCUGGCUGGGGCUUGACAUCUCCCAAAGGGAACAGGAGUAAUGUGUUGAGGGAGGUGAAACUGAAGGUGCAAAAGGAGAAAAUAUGUCAGCAGCGUUCCAGUAAAUAUCAGCGUCAGUCCAUGAUCUGUGUUGGUAAUAAAAACAGUAAAAAGGCAUCUUACCAGGGUGAUUCUGGUGGCCCAUUAGUCUGCAAUAAGAAGGCUCAUGGCAUU